AUUUUCUUCCCUCCAAUGAUACCUGCUUAAAUUAUCUUCGUCUUUUUUAACAGCACACUUCAUUUUUUUAAUUUUUUUCCUUCUUCCUAUCUCCCCUAGUAUCCCGAGGCUCAUCUAUUUAAGAUAAUUCGAUUCCAUCCCUUCUCUCUUCCUACCCAUCACCAUCAAAGCAGUCCGCAGUCAAUCCAAGCUCUCGAUACCAAUACCAAUACAAUGAGCCUUUCUAUCUCUUCAGUUUCGACGAAGCCCUUCGACGGCCAGAAGCCCGGAACUUCCGGGCUCCGUAAGAAGGUAGCAGUUUUCGAGCAACCAAAUUACACCGAGAACUUCAUUGCGGCACUCCUUCAAGCUAUCCCUGAAGGAGCCGAAGGAUCCUUCCUCGUAAUUGGCGGUGAUGGUCGUUACUACAACCCUGAGGCCGUCCAGAAGAUUGCAAAGAUUGGCGCUGCUUAUGGUGUCAAGAAAUUGCUCAUCGGGCACAAUGGUAUCUUGAGCACCCCGGCUGCUAGCCACGUUAUCCGAAAGAGGAAAGCCACCGGAGGAAUUCUGUUGACUGCUAGUCAUAACCCCGGCGGACCUAAGGAGGACUUUGGAAUCAAGUAUAACCUGGCCAAUGGUGCACCAGCCCCUGAGAAGGUUACCGAUAAGAUCUAUGAGAUUACCAAGAUAAUAUCAGAGUACAAGAUCGCCGAUAUCCCUGAUAUUGACCUGGCAACAAUUGGAACCAACACUUAUGGCCCUCUAGAGGUAGAAAUUAUUGACUCCGUUGAAUGCUAUGUCUCCUACAUGAAGGAGAUCUUCGACUUCCCUCUCAUCAAGUCCUUCUUUGCCUCAAACCCCAAGUUUCGAGUAUUGUUCGACGGCCUGCAUGGUGUUACCGGUCCAUAUGGUAUUGCCAUCUUCCAGAAGGAGCUUGGGCUCCCACCCAACUCUACACAAAACUGUGUGCCACUUCCCGACUUUGGCGGUGGGCAUCCAGACCCUAACCUCACCUACGCAAAAUCAUUGGUUAAGGCUGUGGACGAGGACUGUAUCCAAUUCGGAGCCGCCAGUGACGGUGACGGUGACAGAAACAUGAUUUACGGAGCUAACGCAUUCGUAUCACCCGGCGACUCUUUGGCUAUCAUCUCUCAUCAUGCAGACAAGAUCCCAUACUUCAAGAAGCAGGGUGUCUUCGGAUUAGCCCGGAGUAUGCCCACUUCAGGUGCUGUCGACCUUGUUGCCAAGAAGAAGGGAUUGGAGUGCUAUGAAGUCCCCACGGGAUGGAAGUUCUUCUGCAACCUCUUCGAUAGCGACCGACUGAGCAUCUGUGGCGAGGAGAGCUUUGGAACCGGAUCGAACCACAUCAGAGAGAAGGAUGGUGUCUGGGCCGUCGUAGCCUGGUUGAACAUUAUCGCUGGUGACUUCUGGAAAGAAUAUGGACGAACUUACUUCACUCGUUACGACUACGAGAAUGUUGACUCGGCUGGAGCUCAAAGGCUUGUAAAUGCCUUCCAGGAAAUGGUUGAUGACGAGUCAUUUAUCGGCAGCGAGAUUUCCGGAAGGAAGGUUACAGACGGUGGUAACUUUAGCUACACCGAUCCCAUUGACGGGAGUGUCUCCAAAAAUCAAGGUCUGUACGCCAAAUUUGACGAUGGAUCGAGAAUUGUUGUCCGGCUGUCCGGAACCGGGAGCUCAGGAGCCACCAUCAGAUUAUACCUAGAGAAGCAUGAAGCGGAUGAGAUCAAACAGCUGCUGGAUGCUCAAGAUUAUCUCAAGGGAAACAUCAAGCUCGCUGUGGACUUCUUGAAAUUCAACGAGUUUGUCGGAAGGGAGAAGCCUGAUGUUAUGACUUAAAUAGGUAUGGCAGGUAUGGCAUGGUUUGCACAUACAGUUUGUGGUAAAAAAGAAAAAAAAACCAUCUGUAGCACUCCGUUUCUGUCUCAUUAUUA